AUGGAACCGCUCAGCUUCGAGGGCAUAAAGUUCUGGAUCUCCAAACACGUCCCACCGCUCAUCAAGUUGGAUGUCCGAAAGCGAAAAGGAGAGAUUGUCGUGCUCGAGCGCGAUGCCAACAUCUGCCUGGUCGACCACAACGAGUACGUGGCCGACCCAGACCGCUUCUACUCGUACCUAUGGGUCAAAGAGUGCCUGUCCAAGAACGCGAGGGUCGACGAGUCGCGCUUCCUCGUGGCUGAACUGCGCAAGAGCAUGCCGGCUGCUUCGCAGACCCCCGCGUACGCGGCCUCGCGCGACGUGGCCCCGUCGUCAUGCUCCGCCUACGAUACGAUCCAGGCACGGAAACGGACUCGAACCGGCUUUACAAACGAGGAUGACAGGAUCCUGGUCGAGUGGUUAAGGGAGAAAGCCGAUUUUUCCGAAGGAGCCAAAAAUGGCGUCAAAGGCAACGAGAUCUACAAGGAUCUGGCCAGACAGUAUCCCCACCAUACCUUUCAUUCGUGGCGAGAUCGAUGGGUCAAGAAGCUGUCUAAAAUCGUGGAGCACGACUAUGUCACGAAAGGCAAAGCAUCCAGACGAGUGCAACAGUCCUUGCAAGCCCCCGUCGAACCAACAUCAAGAAGAACAGUGUCGGCACCAGUGGCGGCGCCAAAUGCACCGCCGCCCCUUACUCACGACGAGCGAGUUCCCUUUCUGAGCAGUAUAGACAUGGCCAUCAUGAGAGGAACAUGGAAAGAGUCCCGGACGGGCGAGAAUAAAACCCAGGCCGCCUUCUUUAGAUCCCUCGCCGUACAGUAUCCGAAAGUCUCGAUCGAGCAGUGGGAAGCCCGCUACAAACGCCUGCGCGCUUGGUAUGAGAAGGUUGACACGUUUGACCUAGAAGAGGACCGGCUGAGUGAGCGGCCAUCGACAGCAGUAGAUCCACCUGCCAUGACGAAUGCCGCGAGCGGCGACAACCAAGCCAUUGCGGCCAGCCACGACCACAACGACAACGACGGCAACGAUAGGAAUGGAGACCAGAGUGGAGAUGAGGAUGAGGAUGUUGAGGAUGGCGACGUCGACUUUGAUGCCAGCGCCUUGCUGGAGGAAGUCUCGGCACAGGACGGUGCACAGAAGCAGUUCCUUGGCUUUGUCGACUUUUUCAAUGCCAACGGCGGCGGCUAUUACAUCCCACGAGCGUUUGUCAUUGGCGGCCGGCUACUCGACAUAUGGACGCUCUGGACGACAGUCCAGGACGUGACCCCUGACCCGAAGACGCGCGACUGGGGAAGGGUGGCGAGAGCGCUCAGCUUUGACACGGCCAAGCACCCGGCCGUACAGCAUGAGCUGGAGAUCUGGUAUGCCCAUAACAUGGCUGAAUUUGAGGAGGCCCGCGCCGAGUUUGAGGCGGACGAGCAAGCAGACGGGCCGGAGGCCGUCAUACCGAGCACACAGACAGAGCUGUCUGCCGGCGCCAAACGUCGUCUGGUGGAGGCUUUUGGCGGCGAUGGGGACGAGGGCGAGGACGAGGACGAAAAUGCGGACGGCACCUCGGCCAGGACUCCAAUUCGAAGUCACGAUCGCAAGCGUGCCGCCCUGGCUUCAGAAGUCGAGCUGCCAUCGGACGAAGAGGACGACUCGGCCUUUGAGCGACGUUCGUCUGCGCCGGCAAAGACGGAAGCAGGACGGAGGAAGACAGUAGAGCCAGAGACACAGGACUUUUCCUACGACCAGGCGAGAAACGAGGACGCCGACGAGGAGGACGAGGAUGAAGGCGAGGAUGGGGGCUCUCGGCCUGGCCUCCAGGUGACUCCUUUGAACCGGCUGCCAUCUGCCGUCGGGACAAUCGAGGCCGUGCCUCUAUCUCUGCCCAGGCGAGCGGAUUCGACCGGCGGUACCGCAGUCAGAGAGAGCCCGUCGGCAUCGGCAUCGGCAUCGGCAGCAACACCGGCUCCGCAGGCGAGCAACCGGCGAUCGCUUCCUGGAUGGCUCACUCGCAGCCAGGCGCCCAUAGCGCAGAUGAUGACAAGCCCAGAGCAGCCGGACACGGUGCGGCGGUGA